UAUAUAAGAGUUUUUGUGCUGGCAUUUUGUCAUGUGUUUCACUCACUCGACGUUAUUGCAGCCCGAUAUAACGGGACCAGGCGUUAACAUAUUGGCAGCGUACACUGAGGCAAGGUCUCCAACUGAUUUGGAAUUUGACAAGAGGAAGGUGCCAUUCAACAUUGUCUCAGGCACCUCCAUGUCCUGCCCUCACCUCUCUGGUGUCGUUGCUCUCAUCAAGGCCCGCAACCCCCAUUGGUCCCAGGCCGCCAUCAAGUCUGCCAUCAUGACCACUGCUCGCCGCAGCGACAACAUGGAAUUGGCGAUCAAGGAUGCGUCUUUGGAGAGGGCCACACCAUUCAGCUACGGCGCGGGCCAUGUCCGACCCAAUGCUGCAGCCGACCCCGGCCUUGUCUAUGACCUUACCCCCACGGACUACCUCAAUUUCCUCUGUGUCCUUGACUACGACCAGAGCUCAAUCGCGGCCAUUAGUGGCCAAAACUACACUUGCCCAACCCCUAAACCCAAAUUACUAGACUUUAAUUACCCCUCUCUCUCCAUCACUAAUCUCACAAGUACUGUCACCGUCACACGUGUGGUGAAGCUCGUCGGCCCACCAGCAACUUACACUGUGCGUGUGCAAUCGCCUCCCGGUGUUUCGGUCGAUGUUUCGCCGAAAAGUUUGAGCUUUGAGAAGGAGGGAGAGGAGAAGAGCUACACUGUGAAGUUUACAUUGAAAAGCCAAAAUUUCGGCAAUUAUUCGUUUGGAAGGUUGAUUUGGUCCGAUGGCACCCACCAUGUGAGGAGCUCAAUUGUGAUCAAUGGGGUUUAGUACUCCUUUUUUCAUUGGUUUUUAGUUUCAGGUUUGAUUCUUGAAUGAAUACUUAUAAUGAGGAAUAAAUCAGUGAAAGAAAGAAAUGUUAAAAGGGGUAAUGAUUUUGUGGCCUUUGGUUCUAGAUAGUGUUUACAUUUAUCUGGCUUUUGGCCAAAAAAAAUUAA